AUGUGGAAGAAUGAGUGGAGUCUUUCAAUUGAGUCCUUUUCCCAGAAUCAUAUAGAUGCUAAAAUAACUCCCGCAGACCAAAACACAUGGAGGUUCACAGGUGUAUACGGGCAUCCAGAGGAAAGUAAUAAAAAAAAAACGGGUGAGCUGCUGAAAUUGCUCUUUAAAGAUGAAAGUGAGGCGUGGCUGUGUGGAGGGGACUUGAAUCUCAUGCUAUGGUCGAUAGAGAAACAAGGAGGGGGUGAGUUUAAGUUCGAGGAAGCAGAAAUCUUGCGUCAAGCCAUGGAUUUUUGUAAAUUAGACGAUCUGGGUUAUAUUGGGCAUCCGUUCACUUGGUCUAAUAAUAGGGGAGUAAAUGAAAAUCUUCAAGAAAGAUUAGAUCGUUUUGUGGCCACUUCUGCGUGGAAGGAGAGGUUUGGUGGCUCUUCGGUCUGUCACCUUGAGAAAAGAAAGUCCGAUCAUCUACCAUUGGUGGUGAGUGUCAAGGAGCGCGUGGGUAGUUUGGAGAAGAAGAGAAGAAAGAAGUUGUACAGGUUCGAGGAAAUGUGGCUACGAGAUGCGAAAUGUAUGGAGGUUAUUCUUGAAGCAUGGCGACGAGGCGAAGAUGUGAGUACCAAUUUGACUCGUACAGCCGCUAAGCUCAGUUCAUGGAGUAGAAAAACAUCUGGUAAUUUUGCCCAAGUGAUGCGUGAUCUUACGAGUCAAAUGAAACAAUUGAUGUCGGAGCCUCAAAGUCACGAGGUUAUUGAAAAAAUAAAAGCCAUUGAUGUUCGAAUGGAUGAGUUGGAAGCUAGAGAGGAGUUGUUUUGGCGACAACGGAGUAGACAAGAUUGGCUGAAAAAUGGGGACAAAAAUACGAGUUUCUUUCACGCAAAGGCGAAGCAACGGGUGGAGUGUAACACAAUAUCUUUUGUCUUUGAUGGUGCAGGCAAUAAAUAUGACGAUGAGGAGCAGGUGGCUGAAAUUUUUGUAGAUCAUUUUGAGACUUUGUUUACUUCUUGUCAACAGGUGGAUGUAGAGCCUAUUAUUAGUAAAGUGCAGCCAAAAGUAACUUCUGAAAUGAGUGAGAUGUUGGGAGCGUCGUAUACAGGGGAAGAAAUAUAUGCAUCCAACAAAAGCUCCGGGCCCAGAUGGACGGUUAAUAAAGACAACAUAUUGGUGGCCUACGAAUGUUUUCACUAUUUGAGAAAAAAGAAAACGGGAAAAGAUGGGUAUUUGGGGCUUAAGCUUGAUAUGAGUAAAGCCUAUGAUCGGGUGGAAUGUACGGCCUCUUUCUCGAUUCUGCUAAAUGGGCAAUCGUCGAGAAAAUUUCUACCUUCUCGUGGCCUCAGACAAGGUGACCCUCUAUCUCCUUUUUUAUUUAUUAUGUGUGCAGAAGGUCUCUCGGCUUUGCUUAGGGAUGCUGAAAUUAAAAAAGAGAUUCAUGGGGUUAAAAUUGGAAAGAAAGUGGAGCCUAUAUCACAUUUGUUUUUUGCCGAUGACAGUCUGUUAUUUAUAAAAGCAAAUGAUGUAGAAGUGGAGAAAGUCUUGGAUAUCUUUCUAUCUAUGAAGCUGCUUCGGGUCAAAAAUUGA